ACAGGCACACGGCGGCACGCACACAGCCGCGCCGCCUACACGACGCCCGCGCCCGAGGAGCGUCACUGCGCCUUAUCGCAGCCAUCUUUAAAUGAGCACACAGCACGCCACCCGCCACACGCGGAGUAUGCUUCAGCAGAUGUCCUCGCCGUCGAGCGCGCAAGUCGGCGAGGUCGGCUCUCUCGUGCGCCCCUUCGAAGGCCGGUUGUGCGACGCGUCGUCGGAGGCCUCCUCCGAUGCCGCCGAGGAGGACUUACCGCAGUGCAAGAUACGGAGAAAUUACAACUGCGCCAAGUGCACUUACUACACGCAGAACCCGCGCGCCUUCCUUGUCCACACGCGUGACGUGCAUUUCGAAAGAUUCAAAAUAUACGAUUGCCCCAUUUGCGUGUACGCUUCUAGGCAUCAUCAGAAACUUAUAAGACACAUCAAAAUGGUCCACGGAGCGGCCGCCACCACGAACAUCAAAGUGGAUGUCGAACUACCCGCCGCGACGGAAACCGCAGAACCGGUCGAGCGAAUAGAGGACUUGCUCGAGGAAAUCGAGGAAUGUGACGAUGACAUUGAGAUCGACGUCGAUGACUGUUGCGAGGAGUCGUUCGAGGUCGACGGCGACAAAUCCACCAACGAAGAAGGACUUUCCAUAUUGAAGAGUGAAAACAAAUACUUUUCUUGCACCAAAUGCAACUACGCGACGCAUAUAAAAUCGCGUUUCACGAAGCACGUGAAGUACCACUCGAUGCCGAUGAACAAGUGUACCAUAUGUGAUUUUCGUUCGCCAUACAAAUGGAAUCUAGACCGGCACAUGAAGAAUCACGGUGGGAGCGGAAGCUUCAAGUGCUUCAUGUGCAACUUCACGGCGGACAUCAAGCAGAGUCUGACGUCGCACGAGCUGAAUCAUCACGCGUCGCCCGCGGGCCAAUCGGUCGCGAGUCGCCGCCGCAAUCGGGUGGGCGCCAGCGACAUUAUGAACGCGCUCGUGAUGAAGGAGGAGGAAGGGAGUGACUCGCGGUCCUCCUGCUCGGCCUCGGAAAUGGGUCUUCAAUGUGCAGAUAAAGAAAUGUUAAGCUGCAACAGCGACUCAAACGACGCUGCAGAUGGAAGAAGCAAAAAUGCUUCACCAUCACAGGACAUUCAAAGCCAACAGUCACCCAAUGCCGCAACGGAAGAAUCCAAAUCACACAAGAACAAUAGAAAAGUCCCCAGGCCUUUACCACAGCUCAUUCCGUUGCACACUUCUACACCCACUAAUAAUAAGACACCAUCAGGUGAGCCCCCGGCGAAAAAAUUCAAAGAAAACCCAAAUUCGGAAUCCACUAAAACAACUAAGUUCGAAAAUUUACCUGUAGACAUCACUUUGAUUCCGGUUAACAACAUUCCUAUCAAUACUAAAGAAAAUGUAGGUCGUAAGAAAAAUAAUUCAUUCUUUGACAAACUGAAAGAAAGAUUGCUAACUGAGACGGGCGAGAAAGGAUCUCUUAUCUGCAAAAACUGUGGGUUUGAAAGUAAAUGCUUAUCUGAACAUUCCGUACACGAGAAAAAUUGCGCUUCUCAGUUGAAUAAGUCCGCAACGAACACCUUACUUCCCAGUCUAAGUUCAACACGUUGCCAAAAUUGCCGGCACCGAUGUAAAUCUAGUGCAGAUCUUAUCAUACACAUGAAAACGUGUAGAAAGAUUGAAAAAAUGGAAGAUGACACCGUUGAAGUCAAAAGCCAAGACAGCAAUGAUGAAAUCAUCACAGUUCAAGAUCGAGAAACAGAGCCACAUCCGAUGGAAAAUGUAGUAUUCGUAUGGAACAAUAUUAACCAGGAUUCCAACAAAUUUGAUACACCUCUUGAUAUAAAUAUUAAUGAUGAUUCCACGCUCCCAGAAAUGUGUAGAAGCUUCGAUUUGGACAUCGCGGAAGACAAUGAAGGCAUGAAUUUGUCACCUAGUCAAGCCAUGGGGAAAAAAGUUUUCAAGUGUCCACACUGUCCAUUCUGGGCUUCCACUGCGUCAAGAUUUCACGUUCAUAUUGUAGGACAUUUGAAUAAAAAACCUUUCAAAUGUUCUCUCUGUAAAUACAAAUCUAACUGGCGUUGGGACAUCACUAAACAUAUCAAGCUAAAAUCAGCUAGAGACCCUGAACAUAAUGAGGCAAAAGUCCUAAUGACUGAUGAGACUGGCCGAAGAAACUAUAGCAAGUACAACAAGUUCUUAGCUAUGUCGGUUUUGAAUGAGAAUGGAGAGACUGUGUUCCAUUACAUAGACCAGAAUCCUUCAUCUCAUCCGUCCAUAGAGGGUAUAGAAUCUUACAAUGACAUGAACGACAACUUUAAUCACACUUUAGAAGUGCAACCACUCAACCUCCAGAUGAAUCAUUCUGAUGGUGAGGCAUUCGAUAACCGAAGCAUGGAUCAGAAGAAACCCAAGAAAACAUUGUGGAAAUGCAAGAAAUGCAAUUACAGAGACCCAUCCAAGGAGGCCCUGUUAGAACACGUUCGAGAACACUCUACAGCCGACGGGAACCCGAACGGGAUGAAACCUCCCAAGAAACCGGAUAACGUUCCCGACCCGGCAGACUUGGCUUAUCGCUGCGGCCACUGCAAUCAAUUAUCGAACUGGAAACAUGUUAUACAGAGACACUGCCGCCUCAAGCACGAUGGUAUUAUCAAAGUCAUAACUACGGUGAAGCCGAAGCCAGAUCCAGGGUUGGGACUGAACGACAUUCACGGAGACACAUGUAACAAGUGUCCAUUCAAAACUAGCGACAAAAAACUAUUACUAGCUCACCUCCAACAACAUCAGCCAUCACCACAAUCUAUUUUCAAGUGCUUCUUCUGUCCCUACUUUGUUAAGGAUGAACACGAACUGAUUCAACAUCUCAUCCUGCACGGCGUCAAUGAACCAGAAGAAUACAUAGCGAGAGCAAUGGGUGCUAAAUCUCCAAUUCCUGAGCCAGCUUCGAAUUCGACCCCAAACACGUCAUCCACAAAGAGACACAAAUGCACCGAAUGUCCUUAUGAAACCAACAGCAAGUCUCAGUACAUGUACCACGAGCAAUUCCAUCGACUUCCAGCGGACACGCCCUAUAAGUGUCCCGAAUGCAACUACAGUGUAUCAAAAAGACAUUUGCUACACCAACAUUUAAGAGUCCAUGGGAUAAACUCCAAGAAACUUGAAGCUGAAUUAGAGUCUAAAACUGACUUGAGAAUUGAAAUAAAUCUGGACGAGAUCCCAUUUGUUUGGGUUUCGGCAAAGAAUGAGUUCCAUAAAAUGUACAAAUGCCGUUACUGCUCGUAUGUGAAUUCUCAAAAAUGUAAAAUUCCUAAUCACGAGAAAAUCCACUGCGUUGUGUUUGAAAAUAGUGAAAUGAUAAUUUACAAAUGUUUGGAAUGCAAAUAUACUUGUGACAGUGCUGUAAGACUAGCCGAGCAUUCAAGAACCCAUGGUGAGAUUUAUGGUCGCAUUUAUUGCCCUGUUGACGCCGAUAUCCCCGAUGAGGAACAGAUCGCUAAGUUGCGUAAAGUUAUUGAAGCAGAAAAAAACACGACUUCGGAAGGAAAUAAGGAAGAUGAAGCUGGUGAUGAAAAUAAAGAAUCCAAAACACUGUAUUUUUGUCAAAAAUGUCCAGCAAGAUUCUUUGCUGAUGAAGAACUCAAAAACCAUGACAAUUUUCACAAUAAUUCAGCUUCACCGCAUAAAUGCCCAAGCUGCGAAUUUUACGUUCCCGAGAAAAGUGAGCUCAGUGAACACACUGCAGUGCAUUCAGAUGAAUAUCAUACAAAAACUAAAAUGCUAAAGUUCAUUCACAGCUGCAGUGCAGCCCACAGGCAGCCUAAUCUGGACAUAAUUCUUAAUUCAACCACAACAGAUAUAACGUGGGGAGUGUCUAACCCGAGCAAAAAUUACAAUAACGAUACCCAUAAAGGAUCAAACGAGACUAAACCAGUGCCAAAACAAUACGCUUGCAAAGAAUGCCCAGCUAGAUUUAUCAAAAGUUCGGCGCUUACCGGUCAUAUGGCACUACACGGCAGUAAUUAUCCACAUAAAUGUAAAUUGUGUAGCUACGCCGUUAGGAAUACAGGCAAUUUGGCAAAACAUGUAGCGUUGCAUGAAAAUGACGGGAAAGCGUCUAACUGUGAUUACGAGUCAGGAGACGACAAUAUGGAUUUCAAAAAUAUACCCUUAUCAGGGACAGAUUUAUUUCAACGAAAAACAGAAGCUCAAAAAAGAGUGUUGAUUGAUAAAGACAAAUUGGUUAAACCAAAUGAUCAUUUUCCGCCUGUGCUGCAAGCUGAUCCUCAGUUCGGAUACCUGAUGCACGGCAAUCCAGAGUUCAUAUACCCCACUUAUCUGAAAAACGGUCGCCAGAAGGAAAAGCGUUACAAGUGUCACAAAUGUCCGUCUGCAUUUGAAAAACGAGAACAAUAUAAAAUACAUCUUUCACUGCAUGGUUCCAAACAAAGAUAUAAAUGUGAACUUUGCGAUUACUCCGUUAAGUAUUAUGCCAACUAUGUUCAACACAUGAGAAAGCAUCAAAUGAACGACGAAGCGCAAGCUGAAAGAAAGAAAACCAGUAAUGGUGUUAUUGAAACUGAAACUCAAGAAGUCAAGCAGGAAGACACCGACAACAUAAAAUUAGCAAUUAAAACAAUGCCUAAAGGUACUCCCAAAAGCGAUUUUCAGCAGUUCUCAUUCAGCGAUCAACAAACUCUUAGAAUACUGCAACGCAGACGCUCAUUGAACAACAGUGGCAAGGAACAGUCUUCGCCAUCAGAUGUAUCACAUUUGAAGGACCGGAAAUUACACAUGUGUUUACUGUGCCCGUACACAAAUCAACGCCAAGACGCUUUGUUUAAUCAUUACAAACGGCAUGAUGAUACUGAUGUUUCUAAUUUAGGUAAUCAUAAAUGUAAUUUUUGUGAUCUUGUAGUUGUACAGUCACAUUUCCUCCGAGACCAUUUGAAAACACAUUUUACAUACCAAAAGACAUUGACGCCGGAAUGUUAUGUCGCUAAUGAAAAUGUGAGUUUCACUAUCACAAAAGUCGAUGAUGAAGAUGAUGCACCUAUUGAUCUCAAAUUAGAUAUGCAAAGCAAGAAAUUCAAGUGCAAUGAAGACAAAAUUUUUGUUAAGAUACAAACGGGAGAACUUAUGGUUGAAUAAUAAUAUAGAUGUUAUCAAAAUGAUAUAGGUAGUUUACUGACCCACGUAAAAUUAAUUAUUGUUAUUGCAAAGUUCAAGACGAAUUAGAACUAAAAAGCCAAAAAACUGUAGUUGAUAUUCACCAAAGUGUAGCUUGCCAUAUUAGAUUAUAGCAGUUCUGGCCAUUCGGAUAGGUGUUAAUGAGCGUUAAUAGAAAUUAAGUAGAUCUUUACUUAGAAACUUAGACCAGGGCUCUUAUUUUUGAAACAUUUCAUCUCUAACCGCAUCCGAAAUCACACAAAUCGUAUACGAAUUCGUAUGCCCUUACCUAACUUGAUGUAACUGAUGUAACGGAAAUGGAAUUCCAAUGUUUCAAAAAUACAGCGCCAAACGGAUUUAUUAAGUACUACAUGUUAAAUUAACUGGAGCAUUAAGUUAAUUCAAAUACAUUUAAGGAAAUAUGUAGAGAUUUAAGGUAGAUCCACAACUCCACUUCUUAUCCAGGAAAGUGUGAUAACUAGUCCAAAUUUUUAGAAAGUUUCUAUUGCGAAGUUUGUCCAAAAUGUUACCAUAUUUACUUGGAUGUUUAUAAAUGCUGAGAGUAUCUAAACUAAACAAACUAGAACUUGUACUGACUGACUUAAUCUGAAGUAUUGUAACUACAUAAAUAUUGAAAAAAAACUAUGGCAACAAUCUGAUCUAAUAAAACAAAACCAUAGACAAUAAAGUGUACACUGAUAAUUUCAAGGCUAGACAGUUUUUAUACUUUGGUAAAAGAUAUUUAAAAGUUAUUAGAAACCUGAAUCUGAUUGUGAAUAUUAUAACUUAGUACUUGUUAUUUUUAAGAGCAAUAUGUUAGUCAUUUACAUUACAUUCUUAAUUAAUAGUGUUUAAGUUUUAAGAAGCUUCAUUAUUCUGUAUUGUUUUCCUCAGAUAAAUAUGACUCAAUAUAAAACAGCAUAAUCACAUAAUUAUUGAUUGUAUUAAUAAUAAUAUUAUUUUGCUUGAGGAUAGUAAUAAUAGUUGGUUAUUUGAGUAUAACUAAAUGCUGGCACUCUACAGUGUCUGAUUUAUAUUUUACUUGGUCCUAAAGGACACAUUCCUAUUGUUAUUAAAUAUUAUAAAAAAUAUACAAUAAUUACUCAACAUAAA